AUGGAGCCUCUAUUCGUAUACCUGGUGCCAGACACCGAUUGGCAUGUGAUAGUAACGGAUGAUGCGGGCCAUUUCUACUUCAAUAGCACCACGAAGGUGUCUAAGUGGCAGUUGGCUGACAUUGAGGCCGAUGUGGCCAAUAAGAUAAACUACGAUGAGGUCCUGGUACUUUUCGCUAAGGCGAGAGGGUUGGAUGUGGGGAGAGCAAGGAUAGAACGUAAGCAAAGAAAGGAGGUAGGAAGAGAUAUAGAAAGUAAAGACGAAGUGGAAGUUGAAGAGGGAAGUGAAGAGGUGGAGGAACAGAUCGAAGAUCAGGAAGAGAUGCCUGAGAUGGAUGUCAUGGCCGAAGAGCAAACUAUGGACCUUCUCAGGGAGGUAAUGGCGGAAAAUAAUGUGGAAAUCGAUAGUGAGCUGGAUAAGACUGAAGAGACAAAUCAACAAGGCUUAUCGUUGGGAUAUUCCAGUAGUGAUCUGGAUAGCGAGGAUGAGGAUGAAAACGAAAAAGAUGAAGAAAUAAGAAGUGGAAAUGAAGAAGACAUUGAAAGAGGAAGUGGAGAGGAAAAGUCAAUUCACAAUGAAUCACAUAAUGAAGAUGAUCCGGAUCACGAUGCAAGUGAAAACAAUGACAUGUCUGCCGAACUCGAUCUCUCCCUUGAGUCCCAUGAAGAUCCAGCCGCCACACAAGCUUUUGAAAACCUUCUUAACUCACACAAAUCUUCAAUCUCCAUCUAUGAUCCCUGGUUCUUGGUGGAAGAAGAACUACUCCCCAAAAUCGCUACCGAUCCAGCAUUCUACGCGGUGUCAGAGACAGACCGAGAGUCCAUCUUCAACCGGUGGGUAUCACAGCUUUCUACAACAAAGGCAGGUGUAUAUCCAACUGGCGAGUUGCUUUUUUACCACAUGCUCCAGGACCACAAGAACGAUGUUCGGAGCAUGUAUUUCAGUGAAUACCUCACGGCACACAGUGCGGUUGCAAAAUUCCUAGCCAACCAUCCAAAUGUCAAUGGCGAGGUAUUGUACAGACAACUCCGAGUGACAUUAAAUGAUUUUGCCAAGUUUGAACGAGCAACAAAGAAGCAAAAUAAAAAUGCAACCAAUGAUACAAAAGCCAAUGCUACUACUGGUAAUCUCAAGGUUGCGCACCUUAACCAGUUCCUUAAGGCUCAUCGCAGUGACCUUGCCCAAUGUGUCCUUGAAACCCCAGGAAAUUCCCUAGAGACUACAGGAAGUGCUUUUGACCAGUGGAACCAACUCCUUAACAACGGAGUGCCAACGUCCAUUGCGCAUGAUCCUGCCAAUUUCAUUGUCGGGGACGAAAAGCGAUUACAUUGUUAUCGUGAUGCAUUGUCGGGACUGACGGAGUGA